CCUCCGAGCCGAUGGCCGGCAGCGACGCGAACGACGAGGGUCCCGCGCGGAGGGGCGGCGCGGCGAGGCGCCCGGGGGCCCCAGGAGGGCGCGGAAGCGAGGCUGCCGCCAGCUGCCCGGAGCCGCUGUCCACUGCUGAAGCGCCUGCCGAGGGCGCCGCGCUGCCCGCUUGGAUGCGCCUUUACUUCUACGGGAUGCACGGGGUCACCCUGGACGUGCUCCUGUCCGCGGCGCACCGCUUCGCUCGCCGCCCGGACCUCCGGAUGCUGGGCUUCUCCUCGCCCUACCGCUGCCUCCUGCACUCGCUCACCCACUUGGCCCUGGAGAAAGUCUACCUGCAGCAGCGGCGCUGCCCCAGCGCCUUCGUCUUCAAUUUCCUCCUCUACCCCUCGGCCCACGUGGGGUUGCAGACCCUGGCGGGCGCGCUGCUCUGCCGGGUCGGCGGGCCGGGGGGCGCAGCGGCGCCGGGGGCGCUGGACUUGGCCCUGCAGUACGUGCUGGCGCUCUACCACUGCCAAGUGUUCCUGAAGCGCUUCCUGCACUUGAGGUACCAGCGGCGGCAACAGCUGCGGGGCGCGCCCCCCGCCCCUGCGGGCUUCCGGGCGCCAGCGACAGCCGGUGGUCGGCGGCGGCGACCUCGCGGUCGCAGGGGCGCCGGGGGAGCCCCCAGCCAGGGGCUGCCGGACCUGCUCCGCUUCCUUUUCUUCGGAAUGCACGGUUUUUUGGAUGAGAUCUUCUUCACCUUCUUCUUUAACCUGCUGGGGCCCGGGGACGGGACGAGCAGCGGACACACGUCGCUCUGGUCCUUCUUUAUGUACGGCAGCUGCAGUUUUGUGGUGGAAAAGCUCUAUUUCCACCUCCACUACAGUCGGGGCUGGGGCACCUGGAAGCGAGUACCCUUCUACGUGAUCUUCAUCUACGCGUGGGAGUUGUCCUGGGGCCUGGGACUCCGCACUUGGGGCGCCUGUUCUUGGGACUAUUCUCACUAUCCGCUCAAUUUCAUGGGCCUUAUCACGCUGAUGUAUUUACCUGGUUGGAUAUUCCUUAGUGUGUACCAGGACCUACUUUCCAAUGUGUUGUGGCGGGUGCAAUACGUACCAACUAACUAAGACCAAAAAAAGGGGGCACUGGAUUCUCAUGAAUGAAGGCGAUUUAUUUUUACCCAAUAAAACGGAGGGUUUUUUUUUUUUUUUAGCCUUUUAAUUUUUAUACCUUUUACUAAACUUUACCACCAACCUGUUUUAUUCGACAUUUUAGUUUUUCUAUUGGGAACGUAUGUAUAAUACGAUAAUACUUUGAAAUAUUGCAGGAACUGUGACUCAGAGUACUUAACAUCAAUAUUUUAAAACCGUCACGAGUCCAAACAGCGAACCAUCAUACCUUAACAUCAGAAAGCUGUAGUAUUCACUUAUUUGCACUUACUUGGCGUAGGUGGGUGAUAUUUACUAAUUUUUUUUUUUUUUUAAGUAAGGAAGUUCUUCAACUCAGACACCAGUGAUUUUUACAAGAUUUGGGGAAGUUUUCUGAUUUAAUGAUUUGUUUACUUUCCUUUUAAUCCAAUGUCAUUUUAAUUUCCUGCCAUGUUUACCAGUGACUGCUGAAAUCCAGUGUCUUGUACUCCUGAAACUACAAUUAAUAGCUUUUAAAGUGCCUCUGUAUAGCACACAAAUGAAAAGAAACUGAAAAAUUUGAAAACACACCCUAUGAAUCGAUUUUUAGAUAAGAAAUCUUUUCUAGCAACUCAGACAGGUAACACUGUGUUGAGAUAUUGAUCUCCUUCCUGGAAAUGAUUGCUUUCCAUUGUGGAUUAGCCUUAAACGCCAAAUGUGUUAACUUUAAUCAGAUCCUGUGUUAUCUUUGGCUGUAAAUUUUAGUCCUUAUGCAAUCAUGUAAAAUGUCUACCUUACAUGUGCAAGGGCCAUGCAAAAUUAUACCAUCCUUAAUAGUGUUCUAACCCUAAGGACUCUUUUCUAUAUGGAGUUUCAAGAGUAGAAGCAAUCCCAUGGAAUAAAAUGAACUAGAAUAUUCACCCUAAUUGUAUUAGCCCUAAUUGUUUUCGGAGAAUACAGAUAUGUGUUUUCAGCCUAUUGCUGCCAUGGCUCACUUGUAAACAUUUUUCCGUUUCCUUUGGGUCCCAUACAAAGUUCUUGGACUAAAGUCCAAUGUAGUAAUGUGCAUUAUAAAUCAAUGAUAGCUCUUUGGUGACUUGUUCUUAAAGUCUGGAAGCUCCAAAGUUAAAUAAGAUGAUGUGAACCAUUUGAGAAAUCAUAGCUAAUCAAUUAAUAAUGUACUUUAAAUUUGUUUACUGUGUUUUUAUUAUAUUUAGAAAAGACAAGUAGAAUUGAGUAUAGCUCAUCCAAGGAUGACUAAUACCUUCUUAGUUCUUGUUAUAAAGAUAAUUAGGAAAGCUUGGAGUGUAUACAAAUUAAUAUAUAUUCCUAUUCAAAUUGUUAGCUUGCCUACACUGUAAAAGGGCUGCCCAUGUGGCACUAGUGGUAAAUAACCUACUUGCCAGUGCAGGAGGCAUAAAAGAUGUGGGUUCAA